AUGUAUUGUAGUGAUCUCUUUUAAUCUACAGUGAUGUCUAAGUCUUAUUAUUAAGUGUUACAAGAGUCAAAUUUGAUAGAGUCUUAAGUACUUUAACCAGUUUAUCAAAUGGCUACAUCUCAAUACAUGACUCCAUCAAUGUAUAAGCCAAAAAAGAUGGAAUUAUUUUAUCAAUUAGAUGAAGAGCAUGAUUCAGAAGAUGAAGGAAUAGAGGAUUAUAAAAUUGGAGGGUAUCAUCCUGUACAUGUUGGAGAAGUACUUUAAAAUAGAUAUGUGAUAAUUUAAAAAUUAGGAUGGGGUCAUUUCUCUACUGUCUGGUUAUGUAAGGACUUUAAAUAUGAUACAUAUGUUGCAAUUAAAGUGUAGAAAUCAGCCGAAAAUUAUUUAGAGGCAGCUUAUGAUGAAGUGGAAAUAUUAUAAAAAGUAGCUUAAAAUGUUACUAAUUAAAAAUGGGUUGAAAAAUUAAAAUAAUAUAAACCUAAUUAAAGAAUAAAUCGUGAUGAUAGUCAUGUAGUACAAUUACUUAAUUCCUUUGUAUAUAGAGGACCUUAUGGAUGCCAUUUUUGUAUGGUCUUCGAAAUAUUAGGAGUGAAUCUUCUUGAAAUUAUCAAGAGAUUUGAAUUUAAAGGAGUUCCAAUGAAAUUAUGUAGAAAAAUUGCAAAAGAAGUAUUAAUUGGUUUAGAAUUCUUACACGAAUAAUGUGGAGUCAUUCAUACAGAUUUAAAACCUGAAAAUGUUUUACUUCAAUUGUCUCAAGAAGAAAUUAAAGAUAUAAUUGAAAAUGGAUAAUUAACUAGUAAUUAGAUUUUCAAAGACAGAUUAGAAUUUUAUCAUUAACUUUUUGAUAUCAAAAAAGAAGAGCCAAUACAUAUAGAGGAAAAUUUAAAAUCUAAUAUUACUGUGUCUACAAAAACUAUAGUUAAUAUUAAUAGUACAGAAUAAUAAGAAUAAAUUUAAUUAACUAAAAAUUAAUUAAGAAAUUUAUAAAGAAGAUAAAAGAAAAAACAAUAAAAAUUAUAAAAACAAUAGGAAUAAGAAAAGAUAGAAGAUAACUUACAAAAUUCAGAGAAAGAAAAUAAUAAUAAUGAUAAUAAAUAAAAUUUAAAUUAACAAGAAAAUAGUAAGGAUAAUGAUUUAUUUUAAAUUGACAAAAAAUCAUUGUUUAAAUAAAUUUAAAAAAAUGAUUUUUCAGUUAAAGUAGCAGAUUUAGGAAAUGCUUGUUGGACACAUCAUUAAUUUUCAACUUUAAUAUAGACUAGAUAGUAUAGAUCUCCUGAAGUAUUAAUUGGUACAAGAUAUAAUGCAACAGCUGAUUUGUGGAGUUUUGCUUGUAUGUUAUUUGAAUUAUUGACUGGUGACUUUUUAUUUGAACCAAGAAAAGGUGCAAAUUUUUCUAAAAAUGAUGAUCAUUUAGCAUAAAUUCAAGAAUUAACUGGAAAAUUCCCUUUAUAAUUUUCUUAAAGAGGACUAAAAUCUAAAAGAUAUUUUAAUAGAGAAGGAAAUCUUUUAAGAAUUCCAAUUCUUAAUUGUUGGUCAUUAACAGAUGUGUUAAUAGAAAAAUAUAAAUAUAAUCCAAAAGAAGCUAAAGAAUUAGGUAAUUAAAAUAAAAUAAUAAAUAUAUAGCUUCAUUUUUAGAACCAAUGCUUAAUCCAUUUCCAGAAAAAAGAGUUAGUGCAUCUUAAUCUUUAAAACAUCCUUGGUUGAUAAGUGAGAGUGAGGGUAUUAAAAUGAAUGAAGAUCAAUAUAAGGAAUAUAAAGCAUAAAGAGGAUUAGUAGAAUUUAAGAAAGUAAAUUAAAAUUUAAAUUAAUUUAGGAAGUUGAAAGUGAAGAAGAAUAUGCUGAUAGAAGUGAAUCUCCAAAUGCAAUUCUACCAUUAUGUAACAAACGUAGAUAUCAUAUUCAACCAAGAGUUGUUGAUAGAAAAGAAAUUGAUAGAUCUUUCACUGAUCUUGGAUAUAUAGGAUUUGGAAAUGGGAUUGAAAUAGAUUUAUUGGAUUCUACAGGGAAUUGGCAAUUUGUAAAUUGA